GUUCCACCUCGCUCGCUUAGCAGGUCAAUGAAUUGCCAGAGGCUUGAGGCUGAGGAGCUGGAGAAGCCCGACUCUGGAGCCAUCCUCGAAUCCCUGCCUAGCAAACAUGCGCCUCUGCACUUUCUCUGAUUCCCCAGCCAGGAACGUAGCUGCUUGAGAAGUUGGAAAAACCAGGAGGACUAACAGGGGCGUGUAAAGCUAUCCGGAGCCACAAAAGGAGGAUGGAAAUCCUGUAUGAAUGUGAAAACCAUUAGCAAAGUAAUUGCUGUCUAUUACCAUGACAACCAGCCGCUGCAGUCACCUGCCUGAAGUCUUACCAGACUGCACCAGCUCAGCUGCUCCCCUAGUAAAGACGGUGGAGGAUUGUAGCAGUCUUGUGAAUGGACAGCCGCAGUAUGUCAUGCAAGUUUCAGCCAAGGACGGGCAGCUUCUGUCAACAGUAGUAAGGACUCUUGCCACACAGAGCCCUUUCAAUGACAGGCCAAUGUGCAGGAUCUGCCACGAAGGCAGCAGUCAGGAAGACCUGCUCUCUCCAUGUGAAUGUACAGGAACCCUGGGGACUAUUCAUCGCAGCUGCCUGGAGCAUUGGCUGUCCUCUUCGAAUACCAGUUACUGUGAACUCUGCCACUUCAGGUUUGCAGUAGAGCGCAAACCCAGGCCGUUAGUAGAGUGGCUAAGAAACCCAGGCCCGCAGCAUGAGAAACGGACUCUGUUUGGAGACAUGGUGUGCUUCUUGUUUAUAACUCCACUGGCGACCAUCUCUGGCUGGUUGUGUCUGCGGGGAGCAGUGGACCAUCUGCACUUUAGUAGUAGGCUAGAAGCUGUUGGCCUCAUUGCACUCACUGUCGCACUCUUCACUAUUUACCUCUUUUGGACACUAGUGUCAUUUAGGUACCACUGUAGAUUAUACAACGAAUGGCGUCGGACCAAUCAGAGGGUGAUACUCCUAAUUCCAAAAUCUGUCAGUGUUCCUUCUAACCAGCAGUCAUUGCUGGGCCUUCAUUCAGUCAAAAGGAACUCAAAGGAGACAAUCGUUUGAUUUUGGCAGUUCUGUACUGGAGUCAUGCACUAAAUAUACUUUCUUAAACCCAUGGGCUCUGAUUCCAUCCAGAACCUGGUACAGUGCUAUUCCGGUUUACAAACUCUUUACAGAGGAAGAAAUCACUAUUUUAAUUAAAAUCAUGGAUGCUGCAAUCAUAUGAUAUUUGCUAAGCUGCCAAACAUGUUUAUUUAGCAGAUACUGUAUGGAAUUCUACAAACUCAUGUUAAUACCUGCCUUGUCAGUGAUGCAAAUCCUUUUUUUAUUAUUGUUUAAAAAUAUUAAAACUAUGGUAAUUAA